AAUGACGUUGGAACCAUACGGAGGAUCAAAAAAAAUAACUGCACAAGAUAUUGACAGAGUCUUCAAACUGUAUGAUACGGAUAAUAAUGGUAGCAUUGAAAAUGAGGAGCUUAACGGAUUUCUCAAAGAUUUAAUGGAAUUAGUUCAACAAGACUACGAUAGCGAGGAUAUUUCCAUGAUGAAACAGACAAUUCUGGAUCAAUGGGAUUUCAACAAUGACGGAAAAAUAAAUAGAGAUGAACUUACCAUGCUUCUACUGCAACAAUCUCACGACGAUGAAGACGACGUCUAA